CCUUUAUUAUUAGGGGAUCAGUUAGAGUUGGCCUUACAAGAUUUAGCAUGGCCAAAACUCUUCAAAUUUUCUAACUUGUCUAUAGUCUAGAGGUUAGCCAAAUUUUGAAAUUACACAAACACAAGCCUCCUUUUGAGAAGCCAAAGUUUGAAAUUACACAAACACAAACCUUGAAAAGUCAAAUUUCAGCGUAAACCCAAACAAGUCAGCAAGAUCCAUUCACAGCGAGGAAAGCAGAGAAGCAGAGGGAGAGCUCACCGCCGUCCAGCCCCCCAGAUCCACCGCACCCCGGCGAGCAUGGCGGCGGUGGGCGGCGACGCGGCGAGCAUGGUGGCGGUGGGCCUGGUGUGGGGCGCCACCAACGCGCUCAUGCGCCGGGGCGCGCUCGUCUGGGACCGCCGCUCCCGCUCCCUCCCCGCCGGCACCGGCGCCGUCCGGCGGUGGGCCGACCUGCUCCUCACGUGGCAGUACUCGGCGCCGUUCCUCGCCAACCUCUCCGCCUCCGCGGCCUUCUUCCGGCUCCUCGGCGACGCGCCCAUCUCCGUCGCCGUGCCCGUCACCAACGCCACCACCUUCGCCGCCACCGCCGUCGCCGCGGCGCUCCUCGGGGAGGCCACCCGCGCUGCGCCCGCCGCGCUCGGCACCGCCCUCAUCGUCCUCGGCGUCUGGGUCUGCAUCUCCUAGCUACCUACCUACCUACCCGUCCGUUCCAACCUGCAAGGAUCCUCAUCUGUCUUCAAUGUUGUCUGUAGAAUUAGUCCGAAUUUGGUCUACUGGUGUAGUAAAAUGUUUGAGAUCAUAAUUGGUGCCUUUGAUGCUAAAAUGUAGGCUGAAUGCGCUUCUUUUUCAGGCCUGGAUAGGGAGCUUGGUAAUGGUAUGUAUCAUACAAAUACUGCAGCAUCUCCAUUCAUCAAUUCUGAAUCAGUUCUGUUUGAAUCCAGAAUCAGUUACUUA